UUGCGAUUUUUCUACAAACACAGAACACCAUGGUAUCACUGGACGUUGUCUGGAACUGUCGUCAUCUACAAUCUCCCUCUCAACAUCUGCAGCGGGUGGCCGCCAGUCAGUGCAUCACAGCCAAUGUCGACAGGACAGUGGAUGUUUUGUCCAGUGCAGUAGACAUCAUGAAGGACCUUGAAUUCCUGGCCUCUGAACUCUUUGUCCUGUCACGCUUCCUUAUCAAAAGAAGAAACCAGAUGCGCAGGCAUAAGACAUUACAGACACUUACACAGGUUGAGGGAUGUCUGAAGCGCUAUCAAGAAACAGACUUUGUUGGACUUGUCUGCAAAAUGCAUCAACAUUUUAAACAAGCCAGACUUGGCCAGCAGACCGGCAAGGUGGUUGAGCUGCCGACACACGCUAUGUUGGAGUACUUCCUGGUACGAGUGAUGGGAACCACAGCGAUCCUGGUACAGACCGUCAACUACUGCACCACUGCAGCAGCGGCCCUGCAGACCGACAUCAACCUGGCACAUCUACUCCCGCAGUCCACGAUGUGUCUCGCCACCAUCAGCAGAAUCUGGGUGUGUUGCCGGAGUCUGUACCUGGACUGCUUGUCGUGGUACAGCAGCCUCUUCCCGAUACUGACCCUGCUGCCUCGAGGAGAAGUCUGGUUGUUACAGACCACACCACUGCCUGAAGAUCUGACAUUCUGGCUGGGCAAGAGGUUAUGUCUGGACAACAUGGCCGUAGACCCACCAUCAACUGGUGACCGACAGUCUGACAGCCUGGUCCUCCUUCCAUCCCUUGGUGAAGAUGAAGAUGAGGAGUCUGCUGAAACCUCUACUAACUGUCUGAAGAGAAGCUUGGUUGUAGAGGAAGAUAUCGGAGCACCAGUUAGUGUUUCCAGAGUGCAGAAGAUUAGUGACACUGGUCAGAGGAUUAGUGACACUGGUCCACCUAAGAAGAAAAAGAAAGGUAGCCAACUUUGCAGUGAAACAGAUGUCACAAGUAUGUUCAACUCAUCCCCCACUGUGAGUGAUCCAUCAUCAUUAAACCCAACCUCAGCAGUACAUGUGCCCAUCAUAAAUCGAGAGACAUCCCAAAGAGAUGAACCCACAAUGGAACAUGUGCCCAUCAUUAAACGUGAACUCUCAAGCUCACUCUCUGGUUCACAAUGGCCCUCCCAAAGACAGUGGUCUUCAGUACAAGAAUUAAAAAGAGUUGUUCGUCAAUCAAACAGCUGCGAAACAGUAUUAAAUAUUUUCAAAGAGUUUGAACCAAAAGACUCCAUUAAUGCUAAGACCGUUUGGGAUGAAUACCCACAAUUUAGUUACUCACAAAAAUGCCAGUUGUUCCGUAACAAACUAGACACAAUUAAGAAAUGUUGCCGUAAAGCUGAUGAUGAAGGUGUGCCUGGUAGUGUUCCGGACAAGUGGCUGGCUGAUGCAAAAAGUCAGUGUUUCACAUAUCUGAAGGGUUUGAAUGCAAGCAAUAAACACAACGUGUCAGUGAUGAUGACCUUGGAGGGACUGCAGGAGAUGACUGGGGAACUUGCCACAGGGCACCUGUCACUGGGAGAGAAGACAUGGAAGUUGAAUCCACAUGAUGCUCGUGUCCUCAAGGUGAAGCUGGAGAGUUGCUGGAGGAAGAUGCAGAUGGUCAAGCCCCCAGCCAUGUGGAAGCCUUUACAGGAUAAGGCUCGAGACCGUGUCAUGAGCUAUAUCAAGCGUUCAGUGGCCUACCAGGAUGUGAAAACGGAGGCCACAGAUGGUGAUGGGAGUGACAGUGUUGAUUACAGUGGGCCACCUAUGCCUACAAGGCAGAAGUGGAAGCAAAUUGUGCUGCCUGCACAACGUGCAUCAAGCACCUCCGACAGAGAUAAUGAUGAGCGGUCUGACAUCAAAGACACAGGCUUAUUGGCGGAGGCUGACAAUAGCAAUGCUUGUGUAGCACAGAAGUCAAAGAGAAAGAAAAAGAAAAGAAAUGUCAAUGAGUGAAGUAGAGUGCAUUCAUACUCAGGCCUCAGUCAACAAAGCAAUCUAAAUUAUAGUUCCUGCAUGUUGAGGGGUAGAAGAAGUUGGAGUGAUCAUAUGUCUUUGUUGGUCAAAGGCAAUGGCCCACUUCUACAAGGCAGUGUAGUCUUAGGUUGCAGGUUUGAUGUGCAUGAAGGAAAGAUGGGGAUGAAUCAGCCUGUGGCUUUUUGUUUGUGUUAUAUCUUGGUGUUAGCAUCAAUAUGUGUCACCUAUGGCUAGAACUGAAGGGUCAGUACGUCGACCAUUCUGAAGCAUUGUUUGCAACAAAAGUCGAUAACCCCCGAGCUUACUCAGCUCUGUUCACCUUAUUCCACGAGAGAAGUUUCUGCUCCAGUGACCACUCUGCUUGUCAAAUGACUGGACUUUUUUCGGGUUUGUAAACAAACACACUUAUUCUGAAAUAAAAACAGAUGGGCCUAAUGCAAGCCUUUCAGUGCGUUGUACA